AUGGAGCGAAGUCAAGAGUAUGAGAAUACAGCUAGGGAGUCCCCUGUAUGCGACGCCCAGGAGCCUCGCCUUGCUGCUGCGCUAAGUGAGAGAAGAAUACCGUGUCCUGGGCGGGCACGGCUAAAGAAGAUAGCCCAAAGAGUUGGUUCCUUAAAUGUGGGGAGCAUGACGGGAAGGAGUAGAGAAAUAGCAGAUGUGAUGAAGAGGAAAAAAAUUAACAUCCUUUGUGUCCAAGAGACCAGAUGGCGAGGUAACAAGGCCAGAGAACUGGGAGAUGGGUAUAAGCUCUUUUACAGUGGAGCAAACAAGGAAGGAAGAGGAGGUGUGGGAGUGGUAUUGGAUGCUGAGUGGAAGAAACACAUUGUGAAUUCUACCAACCUCAUGGAUGUCAUGUCUGUCAUGGUGAAGGUUGUCAACUCCAUCCACUCCCAUGGCCUAAAUCACUGCCAGUUUCAGGUAUUGAAGGACGAGGUCAACAAGCACUAUGGCGACCUGCUCUAG